UUGUCCGCCACCCGGUUUUCCAGACCCAAGGUGCGAGCCUGUGCAACCAGCCAAUGAUUCAACAACAUGUGUACCGGGCCGAGCCAGGUUAAGCUAUCGCAACUCUCUCGUGAGCAGUUUGUCAACCUCACUUUGACUCACGCCACAAUCAGCGACAACUCGUCCCCUGCCACACCGUUCCAAGCUUCCACUGCAGUGCAAGUUGCUCUUUCCUUCCCUAUCAUCACGACCUCCAAGGCUCCACGAAAAUUCUCCUUCCCCAGGUUGCGCCUUCUCAUUUCAACACAAUAGCCGCCCACAAGCAUUAACUGAUUUUCCGUUUCUUUCAUAAUCUCUUAAUCUACUAAGCAUACAAUGACAAACAUGCAGGCCCUCCUACUCAUCCUGACACUUUCGGCGCGCUGCAUCGGUGCCUUGACUUGGAGAAAUGAGAGAAGAUCGUCAGUCACAGCACCAAGCUCGGACAAGCCAUCCGAGCUCGUCGAGAACUCCAGGUUACCAAACAUCUACGCCGUAGCCCUCAGCGAACUACAAGAACUCGAGUCAGAACCUCUCUGCCAUCGCGUGGCUGCGCGUCUUCUAGUCAACAAUUGUCAGUUGGUGGACGGCAAGGACGAGGCGACAAUCCUCACCGACAGCGGUCGGCAGGUUCGUGACUUCGUCGACUCCUACGCUGCAAGUCUAGCUAUCUGCGAUCUUGAACGCGGAAGCUUCGCAAUACCGAAAGAGUGCGCCAAAUUUCGGGAGCCAUCACUCAGUCAAAUCGCUAUGAGGAACGGACCCCAACUGCAUGUUAGCCCGGGCGAAAUCGGACUGUGUCUCUCUGCGCUCGCGGCGUCAGACGCCGCUUGGAGUACUUGGGUGAGCUAUCGCCAUAAAGCAUUACGGUUUUGUGAAGCGGCUCGAGCAGAUAACGAGAAGGCUCAGAACAUAUUGCUUUAUCAGCGACUUACACGAGUUAUCUCCCGCCUAACCGAUGGGGUUGAGGCUGAGCUGCAGAAACGGAUGAAUGAUCUUGAUAAUCGCGCCCGGCAAUCAAUCGAGAGGCUCGAGCAGCUGACGCCACAGAUUGGGCGACUCAGUGAAGGGCUGGCUCGAGUAGAGAGCUAUCUCUCAGAGGACUUGGAUAUGGUUCUCAGGAAGUCUUCGAUUUCCGCCCGCGACGGACUCCAACACGCGGAAAACCUUCAGCAACUUCUGGGAGUCUUGCUCGCCAAUGUCCUCGAGAGCAACUCCAGGUUAGCCUUCGCCCACGAACAGUCACUCCAGCAAGCCUCUCAAAGGGUCAAUGAGGAUAUGGGUGCUCUGAUGGCAGUUGUUUCUACAGCCAUAGCCUCUUCCACUUCUCUGCAGCAGCAAAUCCAAUUCACCAAUGAACGCGCCGUGGUGCUCGCUCAACGCCAGGACACCCUUGAGCAAGGCAUGAACCGGUUGGCUACGGCAACUGAGACCCUGUCCACGAAGCUUCAAGACCACUCAAGCAUGCUCAAGCAAGCCAACAACAUCACAAACGAAAUCCUCGAUUCGCUAGAAGAAACUGCCGCCGCCGCAUCCUCGAUUACGGAAUCUUUCUUCCUUGGCGCGACAACUCGGAGCUGGUGGCCGUUGCUUGUUUUCCCUACAGCCUCUCUCGUCAUGGGAUCAUACGGGCUCCCGCCAUCCAUUUUCCGAAACCUCGGGUUGCUGGCAGUUGGCGAAUUCGUCGGUUUGGUGGUUUCAAGUUACGAUCAGCUUACAGCCCAGCUAUUCGGUGGUUGGGACGUUGCGACCAAUACAACGGCAUCCUCACUCUGACGGUCGAUGCUCUUUCACCAUUUUUUCUAAUCGUCUUCCUUUCUGGCGCACGGCGUCCGGUUGUCUACAACGCUCAGUAUCUGCAGCGGGUCGAGGGGGGCUAGAGCCAUUUUUAGCGCACAUCGCAGGAUCUUGGAACUUCAUUAUAUCAUAGCGAGAUACCCAAUUGCAUCGUCCAUAGCUAUGAUAGCGAGGAACAAAAUACCCUGGCCGGUAUCACAGACUUGAGAUACAAACUUUG